AUGGCGGAUUCUCUUCUCUCCUCCAUCGCCACUUUUCACACAACCAAGAUCAUCGUCACAGAUCCCACCAAGUACUCCUUCAUUGGAUCCGUUCCUGAAACCAUGCUCGCUUGUGUCUCUGCAGCGAGUAAUGUUCUGCAACAAUACAGAAAGAUUUCGUCUUCGGGUCCAAGGGAGCUUACGCCAGCCAUGGUUCGCUCUAUUGAAGAGGCUGACAAGCCAGCGAAAAGGGAAAAGAAAACUGACACCCAGAAAGAGACGCAUGUUUCCAAACCGACCAAGGGGCAAACCCCUAAGAAGCGAAAGUCUGACAAGGCUGCUCCAUCACAACCUCCACCAAAGAAGCAGAAGAAGCCCGCUAGGAAGCUUAUACUCCAAUCUUCCAGUGAUUCAGACUCCGAGUAUGUUCCUCCCAAACAUAAGUCUGCUCCUCCUUUAGACUCUGAAAGCGAAAGCUCUGAAGCUGAGGCUUCGGGUCGUGGAGAUACCCCGCCUCGACCACCUACCCCAGAAAUUCUGGUUUGCUCUCAACCUCCUUCUCCUCCACCUGUUACCAUCCCAGUAUCUAUCCCUCCAAUUUUCCCUAUCCCCACCACUCAACCAUCCAUCACUAUUCCCAUCCCGACUCCUAUAUUAACAGACACUACCACCACUACCACUACCACAGGGGCUCAUUCUACAGCUGCCACUCCGCCCGUUACAACCAAAACACCAGUAAUGACCGAACCUCCAACAACUACUAAACCCUUAUCUCCUACUACAUCUACUGAUACCACCCCAGUUCUAGGCGGUGAUGACUUGGAAUUUGAUUCCACUUAUUUUAGUCCUUACUGCGUACAAAGUGAUGAAGAUGAUGAUGAGCCUGUUACCAAGCGUCAUCUGAAAGCAGUAAACGACAAACUCGAUCAACUGCUUUCCUCCUCUUUCUCUGGGGCUUACUCUAAAGCUGCUUUAAAGGAUUUGUUCUCAUCUGUCGUUCAAGAACACAACGCCUCACUUUCUGCUACAGCUAAGGCUAUUGACGCCUCCACUUCCCAAUUUCAGAAAGCCUCCCUCGCUGUUGAGGCUUCCACCAAGGAGUGCAAGGAAGUGACCACAAAAGUCGAUAAACUAAUUUCUGAGGCUCACUUAUUUCAAGUCUCUUUGCAAGCGGCUGCUCAGAAGAAUUCUCAAACAGUUAAUGCUUCGGUGGACAAUCUUCAACGUUCUCUUCAAACUGAACGGUCCAACCUUGAAGCCACACGCCAAGCGAUCGAAGCUACCAAUGAAACUAUGCAUGCUAAUAUCAAUGAGCGCUUGACGCAACUGGAGGCAGAGUUAGCUGUAGAGAAUCGUAGCAUGGACUAG